GCGGAGACACCCCUGCAGGGCCGGCGAACUCGGACCUCGGAGGCCAGCCUUGGGGGGCCCGGCACUCGGGGAGCGGCUUUCCUUGCGCGCGUGGGGAGCGCGCGCUGGUUUCCCCCCAUGGCCAGGACUCCGGGUCGCGAGACUUGGGGCGCUCCCGCGAUCCGCUGCCUUCUUGGCGCCUCGCUCGCCGGGCUGCUCUUCCCAGGGGCCGGCGCCUUCAAUCUGGACGUGCUGGGCGCCCUGAGCAAGGAGGGCGAGCCGGGGAGCCUCUUCGGCUUCUCCGUGGCUCUGCACCGACAGCUGCAGCCCCGACCCCGGAGCUGGCUGCUGGUGGGCGCUCCCCAGGCCCUGGCCCUGCCCGGGCAGCAAGCGAAUCGCACUGGAGGCCUCUUUGCAUGCCCGCUCAGCGCGGAGGAGACGGACUGCCACAGAGUGGACAUCGACCGGGGAGCUGAUGUGCAGAAGGAGAGCAAGGAGAACCAGUGGCUGGGAGUCAGUGUUCGGAGCCAGGGGCCUGGGGGCAAGAUUGUCACGUGCGCGCACCGCUACGAGACUCGGCAGCGCGUGGCCCAGACCCUGGAGACGAGGGACGUGAUCGGCCGCUGCUUUGUGCUGAGCCAGGACCUGGCCGUCCGGGACGAGCUGGACGGCGGCGAGUGGAAGUUCUGCGAGGGGCGCCCGCAGGGCCACGAGCAAUUCGGAUUCUGCCAACAAGGCGCCGCGGCCGCCUUCUCCCCCGACAGCCACUACCUCCUCUUUGGGGCCCCGGGAACCUACAACUGGAAGGGCACCGCCAGGGUGGAGCUCUGCGUGCAGGGCUCGGCGGACCUGGCGCACCUGGACGACGGGCCCUACGAGGCGGGGGGUGAGAAGGAGCAGGACCCCCGCCUCAUCCCGGUCCCCGCCAACAGCUACCUUGGGCUGCUCUUUGUGACCAACAUUGAUAGCUCAGACCCUGACCAGCUGGUGUAUAAAAGUUUGGACCCCGCUGACCGGCUCCCAGGACCGGCCGGAGACUUGGCCCUGAAUAGCUACUUAGGUUUCUCCAUCGACUCCGGGAAGGGUCUGGUGCGUGCGGAGGAGCUGAGCUUCGUGGCAGGCGCCCCCCGCGCCAACCACAAGGGCGCUGUGGUCAUUCUGCGCAAAGACAGCGCCAGCCGCCUGGUGCCCGAGGUCCUGCUGGCCGGGGAGCGCCUGACCUCGGGCUUCGGCUCCUCGCUGGCCGUGGCCGACCUCAACAACGAUGGCUGGACAGACUUGGUCGUGGGUGCCCCCUACUUCUUUGAGCGCCAAGAGGAGCUGGGGGGCGCCGUGUACGUGUACAUGAACCAGGGCGGUCACUGGGCUGGGGUCUCCCCUCUCCGGCUCUGUGGCGCCCCUGACUCCAUGUUCGGGAUCAGCCUGGCUGUCCUGGGGGACCUCAAUCAAGAUGGCUUCCCAGACAUCGCCGUGGGGGCCCCCUUCGAUGGGCACGGGAAGGUCUUCAUCUACCACGGCAGCAGCCUGGGGGUGGUCGUCAAGCCUUCACAGGUGCUGGAGGGCGAAGCCGUGGGCAUAAAGACCUUCGGCUACUCUCUGUCCGGCGGCCUGGACGUGGAUGGGAACCACUACCCCGACCUGCUGGUGGGGUCCCUGGCUGACGCCGCCGUGCUCUUCAGGGCCAGGCCCGUCCUCCACGUGUCCCACGAGCUCUUCAUCUCGCCACGAGCCGUCGACCUGGAGCAGCCCAACUGUGCUGGCGGCCACUCGGUCUGCGUGGACCUCCGUGUCUGCUUCAGCUACGUCGCGGCCCCCAGCAGCUACAGCCCUAUUGUGGCCCUGGACUACUUGAUCGACGGGGACACGGACCGGCGGCUUCGGGGCCAGGUCCCCCGAGUGACCUUCCUGAACCGGAGUCUGGAUGACCCCAAACACCAGGCCUCAGGCACCGUGUGGCUGAAGCACCAGCAUGACCGAGACUGUGGAGACGCCGUGUUCCAGCUCCAGGAGAAUGUCAAAGACAAGCUUCGGGCCAUUGUGGUGACCCUGUCCUACAGUCUCCAGACCCCUCGGCUCCGGCGACAGGCUCCUGGCCAGGGGCUGCCCCCUCUGGCCCCCAUCCUCAAUGCCCACCAGCCCAGCACCCAGCGGGCAGAGAUCCACUUCCUGAAGCAGGGCUGCGGCGAGGACAAGAUUUGCCAGAGCAAUCUGCAGCUGGGUCAGGCCCGCUUCUGCGCGCGGAUCAGUGACAUGGAGUUCCAGCCUCUGCCCAUGGAUGCAGACGGGGCCACAGCCCUGUUCGCCAUGAGCGGGCAGCCGUUUGUCGGGCUGGAGCUGAAUGUCACCAACCUGCCCUCGGACCCAGCCCAGCCCCAGGCCGAUGGGGACGACGCCCACGAGGCGCAGCUCCUGGUCACCCUCCCCGCCUCUCUGCGUUACUCAGGAGUCCGGGCCCUGGACGGCGCGGAGAAGCCGCUGUGCCUGUCCAAUGAGAACGCCUCCCACGUCGAGUGUGAGCUGGGGAACCCCAUGAAGAGGGACGCCCAGGUCGCCUUCUACCUCCUCCUCAGCACCUCGGGGAUCACCAUCGAGACCACGGAACUGGAGGUAGAGCUGCUGUUGGCCACGAUCAGCGAGCAGGAGCUGCACCCCGUCUCGGUGCGAGCGCGUGUCUUCAUUGAGCUGCCGCUGUCCAUCGCGGGGGUGGCCACCCCCCAGCAGCUCUUCUUCUCCGGCGCGGUGGUGGGCGAGAGCGCCAUGAAGUCUGAGCGGGACGUGGGCAGCAGGGUCAAGUAUGAAGUCACGGUCUCCAACCAAGGCCAGUCCCUCAACACCCUGGGCUCUGCUUUCCUCAACGUCAUGUGGCCCCACGAGAUUGCCAACGGGAAGUGGCUGCUGUACCCCAUGCGGGUGGAGCUGGAGGGCGGCCGGGGGCCCGGCCAGAAGGGGCUGUGCUCCCCCAGGCCCAACAUCCUCGGCCUGAAAGUAGACAGCGCAGAUAGGAGGCGGCGGGAACUGGAGCAGCCCGAGCGUCAGGAGCCCCGCGGGCAGCUGGAGCCCAGCACGUCCUGGUGGCCAGUGGCCUCUGCCGAGAGGAAGAAAAACAUCACCCUGGACUGCGCCCGGGGCACGGCCCGCUGUGUGGUGUUCAGCUGCCCCCUCUACAGCUUCGACCGCGCGGCCGUGUUGCACGUCUGGGGCCGCCUCUGGAACAGCACCUUCCUGGAGGAGUACUCGGCGGUGAAGUCCCUGGAAGUGAUCGUCCGCGCCAACAUCACGGUGAAGUCCUCCAUCAAGAACUUGCUGCUCAGAGACGCCUCCACGGUGAUCCCGGUGACGGUCUACCUGGACCCGGAGGCCGUGGUGGCCGCGGGCGCCCCCUGGUGGAUCAUCCUCCUGGCCGUGCUGGCCGGGCUGCUGGUGCUGGCGCUGCUGGUGCUGCUCAUGUGGAAGGUGGGAUUCUUCAAGCGGGUGCGGCACCCCGAGGCCACAGUGCCCCAGUACCAUGCGGUGAAGAUCCCCAGGGAGGACCGACAGCAGUUCAAGGAGGAGAAGACAGGCACGAUCCUGAGGAGCAACUGGGGCAGUCCCCGGCGGGAGGGCCCCGACGCGUACCCCAUGCUCGCUGCCGACGGGCACCCCGAGCAGGGUGCGGACGGGCACCCCGGGCCCGCUACCGCCUAGUGCCCGUGCCCCCGCCCGGCCCUGGGGCCCUGCGCCGUCCUCAGAGCGGCUCCUGGGGUGGGACGGGUGCUGCUGUCCCAUCAGGAUUUGGUGGAUGUUUCCUCGGGGACACAGGUCCCCCCCAUGACAAUCCCCCCAACACUCUCCCCAGAAUGCUGCGAGAUGAGAGGGGGUAAAUCAGGGAUGGGGGGUUGGCAGGGCGAGAAGGGCAGCUGUGUCCUGAUGCAAAGGUGGGGAGAAGGACCCUGACCCCUCCUUCUCCCAGUCACCUGCAUGAGGGGACCCCAAGGACUGUCUGUCUCCCUGAAGUGCCUUAGUCUGAGGGCUGGGAAGGACUCCCCGCUACUGACUCAGGAGCUCGGCCCUCCUGAGCAGCCCCUCCGCCCUGCCCUCCGUUGGCUUAAUCUCGCCAGUGGAUUUUGUCUAUUUAUUAAAAAACGUUUGAGGACAAAACCUCUGCCUGCUUUGCCCCCCCUCAUGCCUGGGGGCUCUAGGAGGGGUCCGGUUUCUGCACCCCGCAGCUCAGGAUGGAGGUGGCAUGUGCGUGUC